AUUUUACUUUUUAGUUUCAUACAAUCAUACAUAAUUAUGUCUUCUGCUACUACUGCUACUGCUGCUAAUACAGCUGACGCUGCUACUUUUACCCAGACAAAUGUUUUUGCUAUAGGGAGGUACAAAACGGUGCUUCAAACAGUGGAAACUAGGAGCUGCACCACAAAGUCUACACUUGCUGUCCCUCCUCCAAAGCCACUUUUGAUUGCCAGGCCAUCUGAAGCUGGAGAAUACCCAAUACUAGUGUUACUCCAUGGUUACCUUCUUUACAACUCAUUUUACUCUCAGCUUAUCCAACACAUCGCUUCUCAUGGAUUCAUAGUCAUUGCCCCUCAGUUAUACAUCUUGGCCGGACCGGAUACAACUGAUGAGAUUAAGUCCACAGCAGCAAUAACAAAUUGGUUAUCCGAAGGACUCCAUUACUUGCUUCCACCACAUGUUCAGCCAAAUAUAAACAAGCUAGGACUCGCCGGCCAUAGCCGUGGAGGCAAGGUUGCUUUUGCACUUGCUCUUGAUAAGGAAGCUACUUCUCUUAAGUUCUCUGCCUUAAUAGGCAUUGACCCAGUUGAUGGAAUGGACAAAGGGAAACAAACCCCUCCACCAGUACUCACUUAUGUCCCUCAUUCAUUUGACCUUGAUAUGGCUGUAAUGGUUAUUGGGACAGGUUUGGGUGAGGUGAAAAAGAAUCCUCUAUUUCCUCCUUGUGCUCCUAAGGGUGUGAACCAUCAGGACUUCUUUAAUGAAUGUCAAGAACCAGCUUGUCAUUUUGUUGCCAAGGACUAUGGUCAUCUUGAUUUAUUAGAUGAUGAUACUGAGGGACUUAGAGGGAAAACUACAUACUGUUUGUGUAAGAAUGGCAAGUCUAGGGAACCCAUGAGGAGGUUUGUUGGAGGCAUUGUGGUUGCAUUCAUGAACGCUUACCUGCUAGGUGAUAACAAAGACUUAUUGGCUAUAAAAGACGGGCAAAAGACUGUACCAGUGGAGCUCAAACCUAUUGUCUGUAUUGGGUGAAGUUUAAAUUUAGAGGCUGCUAUAUUUGUUAGGUUAUAGGAGUCUUUAUAACAUUUACCUUGAAUAAGAUUGCAGUUGAACGUAAACUACCUUAAUUGAGCAAAUUUUAUUCUGAACUA